GACUUCAGUGUUCAAAACGCUUCUGUUGUCAAAGAAUUUUCAGUAAAUGUAACUUCAGAUAGCCUUGUUAUUACCUUCACUCCUUCCGAGAAUUCAUUUGCAUUCUUAAAUGCCAUAGAAGUUGUUUCAGUCCCCGACCAACUGAUCACUGAUGAUGCCAGCACUGGGUCAGUGGGUUUGACGAGUCAGGCUUUGGAGACAUCUUGGAGGGUGAAUAUGGGUGGACCAACAGUGUCCUUUGAGAAUGAUACCCUGUGGAGAACUUGGGUUCCUGAUCAAAGUUUUCUAGUAAAUGAGAACCUUGCCAAAGAAUUCUCAAAUAUUGCAGCUGUUAACUAUGAUGUGGGUUCGGCAUUGGCAACCAAGGAUAUUGCUCCACAAACUGUCUAUGGAACCCUCACUGAGAUGAAAUCCGCGGGUGAUCCCAACAGCAAUUUCAAUGUGAGCUGGGAGUUCACUGUGGAUCCAGGAUUUCAGUACCUUGUUCGGUUUCACUUUUGUAAUGUAGUAAGUAAAUCUCUCAAUCAGCUGUACUUCAAUGUAUAUCUUGACUCUUGGAUUGUUGCUCCAAAUCUUGAUCUGAGUGAGUUGGCUGUGCCAUAUUAUAUGGAUUAUGUCACAACAUCUGCUGCUGUCAGCAAUAAGCUUCGUAUUAGUAUUGGCCCUUCCUCUUUAAAUAAUGCUUAUCCCAAUGCCAUUCUAAAUGGGCUUGAGAUUAUGAAAUUGAACAAUUCAGCAGGCAGCCUCAGUGGAGCAAACUCUCUAGUUCCUUCUUCAAAUUCAAGUUCAAAAGGUAACGUCGGAGUAAUAGUGGGUGCCAGCGUUGGGUCAUUUAUUGCAGUGGUAUUGGCUGCGAUUCUCUUUGUUCUUUGCAGAAGAAGGAAAAGACUGGCAGACCAGGGCCAUUCUAAG